UCACAGUCCAACCAGCUGCCUGGUCUUCAUCCUCUUCGUCAUCAGCUGCUUCUUCCUCGCUGCUUCUCUCCAUUGAAGACACCUGACUGGCUGACCUUAACUAAAGCAAAGUGUUAGUUAUUCUGUUCCCGUUAACAUCUGAAAGUGGACUUUGGUUCGCCGCGCUUCCCUGCGACCUUCGGCCCACCUGAAGCACCAGCGGACGCCGCCGCUAUGUUUCCUCUCGACUCGCCGUGGAACAUCUCGUUUGCGGGUUGCGGGUUCCUCGGCAUCUACCACGUCGGUGUUGGCAGCUGUCUGCUGGAACACGCUCCUUUUCUGGUGCAAAACGCCCGGCACAUAUAUGGGGCAUCCGCUGGAGCCCUCACUGCCACUGCUUUGGUCACUGGGAUCUGUCUCGGUGAGACUGGUGCAAGUAUCAUCGAUGUUGCCAAAGAGGCGAGGAAGCGGUUCCUCGGACCCAUGCAUCCUUCCUUUAACUUGGUGAAGAUUAUGCGUCACAUGCUGCGCAGGACUCUGCCAGCUGACUGCCACCACGAGGCCAACGGGCGGUUAGGAAUCUCUCUUACCCGAGUGUCAGACGGAGAAAAUGUCCUGGUGUCACACUUCAACAACAAGGAGGAGGUGGUGCAGGCAUGUGUCUGCAGUGCCUACAUCCCAGUGUAUUGUGGCCUCAUCCCUCCCACACUGCAAGGAGUGCGAUAUGUGGACGGAGGAAUCUCAGACAACCUGCCUCAGUAUGAGCUGAAAAAUACGAUCACUGUGUCCCCGUUCUCCGGAGAGAGCGACAUCUGCCCAAGAGACACCUCCACCAACAUACACGAGCUACGAUUCACCAACACAAGCAUCCAGUUCACUCUCACCAACCUCUACAGAGUCUCCAGGGCACUUUUCCCUCCAGACCCGAUGGUUAUGAAGGCCAUGUGUAAACAGGGAUAUCAAGAUGCUCUGCACUUUUUAAAGAGGAAUGGAUUGCUUCAUUUCAAUGGACCUCACAGAGAGCGGCUUCUGCUGGCUAAUGAUGAAGAAAAUGAGGAUUGUAAUGAGGAGGACAACAACAGUGAUGGAGAGGAGGAACAGCCACAUGUGGAAGAGGGAGCAGUCAUGGUUCAUUGCAGUUCCUCAAUAGAGGAGCAUAUCAUCGAACACCUUCCACCCAUUCUGCACAAAGCUCUAAUCGAGGCCUGCAUGGAGAGGAGGAGCCCGAUGCAGUCGCUAAGCAACCUGCUUCCUGUCCGGAUGGCGUCAACCAUGAUGCUCCCCUACACUCUCCCUUUGGAGUCUGCUUUGUCCUUGACUCUCAGACUUCUGGAGUGGCUGCCAGAUGUGCAAGAAGAUGUCGGAUGGAUUCGAGAUCAGCUGUUAAAAAUCCUACAGCAUGUUCUUCGCCAGGCCUCCAAAAGCAUUUCCCAGCAAGUAUCUGCCAGGUUUUACUGGCAGCUGGAGUUGCACCACUACCAGUCCCUGCCAUCCCAGUUCAGCUCCACCAGCCUGUUUUCCAACUGGGUUAAUGAGAGCAGUUCUUCAGUUCUGGAUGUCUUCACGCGCCUUGACCAAUACAAGAGGCAGCUGCUGUCCGGAGGGCUGUCCAUCAACAUGGAUCUGCAAGGCUCCUUCAAAACGAGCCCUCCCUCCAGCCUGUCCCCUGAAGGCCUCACAAUGGUUGUGAUUGAUAACACACCUGCUGUCGACUCUGGAUAAACCUGCAGCAGCUCCUGAGAGCCUCCGCCGGGGUUUCUGCUGCAGAUGCUUCAGCACUGAGGUUCAGAUGGACUUAUUCUAGAUCCAGAAACAUUUCUAGAGAAUUUGCAUCCGACUUUAAAAUAGGUUUACACCCUGUAAUUUAGAUUUUCUUUUAAGAUGCCAGGAAGACGUUUGUACUCAAAGAGCCCCUUUGUAUAGUUGAUGGAAAUGGUAAUUUACCAUAUUUACACCUUGUGUGUUAAAUAUUUUGGAUUAACGCAUGACACUGAAAUAAGUCUUUAGCUACAUUAUAACCAGGUAAGCCCAUAGACACAGUGUGUCUGUAGGUCUACAGAUGUGCAUUUAAACGCAGCACAUGUGCUCAAACAUGUACAAACUUGAAUUUUAGGAUGUUACAAGCAUAAAUGUACACUUGAAGUAGCAUUCUUAAAAAAGGUCAAUGUUAAUGUUUUUGUGGAAUGUAGUCUUGUGGACUUGUAGUCAAACGUUCCUCCUGCAUCCCGUUAUGAGUCACUUCUGACCAACAGUGGAUGCACCAAUCUGUUUGUUACAGGUAUAAGUUCCUUUAUUAAUGCAAGUAUCAAUGCAGUAUUGUGGAAAGAAUAUUGGCUUUUUGAUGUAUGGAUGUCAAUGUAUUAUGCCUUUGCAAAUAUUUAUAUGAAAAAUACAAGACAGCUGUGAUCUGUUUACCCAAUCAUAGAAAAGUGUUUCUAGAAUCUUGAUUUACUCACAUGUACUUUACAACUCUUUUUUUCUACACAUUAUUGAAUUUCUGCUUAAAAAAUCACAAAUUUUAAAUUUAAUGCAAAUAGUAAAUUAAAAAAGAUUUUAUUUUCAUAAUCAAAGAAUUUAACCUGAAAUGCACUUUCAGAGUUUCCUAGUUAAUAUCUUACCUGUAGGAAAACUUGUAUUAUACUGUUUACUUAAAUAAAUAAUGUUGUGCCUUGAACUUUAACUAAACAAUAGCCAGGGGAAUCUAGCACAUCGUCAAAUUGUUGCAGGGAACAAUAUUUAUGUGAUCAUUAAAUAAACUGGUAUUGUUUAA